AUGGAUGCAAUUCUUUAUGUUAAGAAUGUUUUAGAUCUAAUAAUGGCAACUAAUUUAAUUUAAACUCUCUUAUUUUUGAAUAUAAAGACUUGUUUAGAUAUUUAUCCUAUGUUUAUGAUUUAACCUAUUAUGUACACAAUGAUGCAUGUUUUGUUCAUUUAUGAUACAAGAAUUUAAUUUAAAAAAAACUGUGAUUCUGGAGGAUAGAUAUCAUCUAGAUGGUAAAUAUUGUUAAUUUAAUAAUCCUAAAUUUUUCACAAUUUACUUCGGCAUCAGUUUGUUAAAUUUUUGAUUCAUGAUAUUUAAUUUGUGUUGAGCCUUCAGAAAAUGAUUUUAUCACAAGCUAAUAUGGAUAUUAUUUGGAUAAUUAAGUUUUUACAUAAACACAUCUUAUAGUAUUUGAUGAAAUCAAAAAAAAUUGUUUCCUUAUUAGUACUAAUAAUUUAUCUUAAGGAUAAGAUAAAUAUUUUGCCAAUUGCUGCAGUACUUACCAACAUUAAUAAUUGCGUUAUUAUAUGUCUGCUGUUAAUGUAUGUUUUAAUCUAAAAUGUCUUUAUUGUUUUGAAGAUUGUCAGAAAUGCAAUUCUUUAGUGUUUACUAAAUGUACCCUUGAAACAUAUUUAACUUAUGGAUCAUGUAAUAAUUAUUACCUUAAUUAUUAAAACAAUCUUAAUAACGAAUGUGUUUAAUUAAGUCUCAAAAAAACUGAUUUAUAUAAUGUUCAUUGUUAUUUGGAAUGUCCAUUUAGUACUUAUUAAUAUAGCAAUGAUUUUUUUGACAUGA